CCUUGUCUUUUCUCUUUUGAUUUAUAGCUUUGGUCUCUAAUAAAUUGGGGCUUUGUUUAAUUUGAAUCAUACAUGUAUAUAUUUUAAAUGCUGCCCUUAGCAUGUGAAUUAUGAACAUAUAAAAUGUUAAACGAACUAGUUUUAUGCUGUACUAAGCGUCAAAGAAUUGCAGGAUGCAAGCUGGAUGAACAAUUAAAAUAUGUUCUAAUGUGUUAUCAUGUCGAAGGGAUUAAUUAACAAGGUUGUGACAUGGAAAUGUUUCCCAGUGUGGAUCCAGCUUGCUUUUUAAGUCAUCACUAUCAGACAACAUAUAUCCUUAAAAAGUCAAGUAGCCCCUGUCAAGCCACCCAAGUAAUAGUUAGUCAUUUAAACAGUUUCCAUUAUUGUUCUUUUUGGUUGCAGGAGACCUUCAGAAAUCAGCUUGGAAUUAUACUGUCAAGUCUGCAACAACCUCAGAGAGCACUGCAGGUAGAUGUAGAAUAGGAGGAAUCCAUGGGGAAGUCCAGCAAAAUUAUCAAGAGUCUGAUUCUGGGUGCAAAAGCCUUCUCCAAAGACCGAUCAGGGGUCAAAAAAGAGCAAUUUUGUACACAGAGCAAGAUAAAGAAUCAACUUGAUGUGGACAAAGCAUUUUCUUGUGGGUAUGAUCCCGACGAUGAUACCGAAGACGGGCAGGAUUCGAAGAGCAAUGAGCAUACAGAUCAAGGCAUUCCCGAAAGUGGGUUGCUACCUGUGGUUGUGAAUGCUGCUCUACAUUCUGAAACCACUGUAGCAAAACCCACCCAUGAAGACUCGGAAAUUGGGUUAUCAGAUACGGUUGUAAGACCUGACAAUUUUAAAGAGCUAGCUGAGGAACAAGACUCUAUUUCCAGAACGAAAGAAGAAUUUUCAAUUGAAGAGAAUGCAGCCAUUGUCAUCCAAGCUGCUUUCAGGGGCUUUCUGGGUCGACGUGCUUUUAGAGCUAUCAAAGCUUCUCUGAGGUUUCAAGAUCUAGCAGAAGGGCAGAUUGUAAAGCAACAAAAAAUCAUGGAUUCAAGGAGCAUGCAAGCUCUUAUAAAAGUGCAAGCUCAUGUUCGUGCAAGGCAAGUGCAGAUGUCUGAGGAAGGCCAAGCUGUUCAACAACACAUUCAGCAGAAACGUCAAUUGCAUAUAUAUGGUGCGAAAUCCCAGGAAGACUGGGACCACAGCCUAGCUACAUUAGAUGAAUUACAGGCAAAACUUCAGAAUAAGCAGGAUGCAGCCAUAAGGCGUGAGAAGGCUUUAGCAUAUGCUUCUUUGCAGCAGUUAAGAAUAUGUGGGCAAAGAAAGAAUCAACAAGUUGUGGGUCCUGAUUGUGUUCAUCCAGAUCAGCAUCAUCAUUUGGGCUGGACAUGGUUGGAAAGAUGGAUGGCUACUCGUCCUUCUGAUAAUACAGAGCUUGAAAAAGACAUAAAGAAGAACCACCAUAAUAACUAUCUGGAUGACAACAAGCCGGACACAUUGACAGCACCUCAAUAUGGAAAAAUCAAGAGGAAUAAGAAGAAGACAAUUGACAAACAGACAAUCCUAUCUCCAAACAGACCUAUUCCCUAUAAUAAUCCCAUCACCAUGAAAAGCCCGUCUCCGUCUCCAGCCAAAAGCAGUCACUCAAGAACACUUUCUAAACCAUCAGGUACUUCAGGCCAAGAAUCUUCUGUGCAUAACACUGUGGAUAAAGAGACUGGUUCUAGUCAUCUGAAGGAUCCCAGUAAAUUGCUUUUAAAUGGAGAUGAAAAUAAUAAAGAUCAUGUUAAUGAUGCAGAGGAAAGUUGUGGUUCCAAUGUUAUUUGCAGCAGUCCUGAGAUCAAAGCCAAAGCUGAUGGUAGUAUUAAGAUUAGCAGCCAUGAUCCUAAACUCAGGCAUAAAUCUUCUACUCAAAAUGGGCCUACAAAACUUCGGAAUCCCAAUUACAUGUCAACAACACAAUCAUCUAAGGCAAAAGUUCAUCAUUCUAGUGACCCCACCAAGUUAAACCAACAAUCCAUGACAUCUAAAUCUACACCUGCCCUUGUUUCACUUCAAUUUUGAGCAUCUGAACUGGAUAUUUUAUAGUGUCAUUCAUUUAGGAAUACAUACAUUACAAUCAUGGGAAAAGACCAGGAAUUAUUUGAAAACUUUUCACAUGUACAUGGCUAAACUUAGACGACAAACUACUCUGACUAAUAUUUUGUUUUCUUUUCCAAGAAGAAUCUUAUAUAGUCCUGUCGUAUUGUUUCUUCACCUUCGGUUUGAAAUCUAGUCGAUGUUCCUAGAAUUUGAACAGGAAACUGUAAAUAUUAUAAGCAGCUAUUGAAUCUAAGAUAAAAUUACACA